AUGAGCACUUCUCAACCGUCAUUCAAGGUGGGUCUCACCCAGGACGAGAAGAAACUCUACUCGCAGUUGUUCAAGUCGUUGGACCCGGAAGGCAGUGGCAUAGUCACUGGUGAAAAGGCCAGAACGACGUUUGAAAAAACAGGCUUGCCGCCCAAUAUCUUGGGUGAAAUCUGGCAGCUUGCCGACCACAACAACGUGGGCUUUUUGACCCAGUUUGGUUUUUGCUACGCCAUGAGGUUGAUCGGUUACACCCAGGCUGGUCACUUUCCCUCGGCGUCUUUGGCGGAUCAGCCAGGCCCAUUGCCCAAGUUUGCUAACCCUUCUUCGCCUGGUCUUUCCCAAUUGCUCGUUGCUCCACACCCAACCCAGCGCUAUUAUCCCCAAAACACCGCUACCCAGCAGUUGCAGCCUCUGGACCCAAUUGGCCCAGUUUCUCCUGCCGAUUACGAGCGCUUCAAGCAGAUGUUUGUCAAGACCACCGGCUCUGAGCAGGUGCCUUUGAGCGGCAACGCUGCUAAGGAUAUUUUGAUGAAGGCCAAGUUGCCUACGGCCACUUUGGGCCAGAUCUGGGGCCUUGUGGAUGUGCACAACAAGGGCUCCUUGGACUUGUCUGCGUUCGUUGUUGCCAUGCACUUGAUUCACGGUUUGCUCAGUGGCAGCAUCAAAAACUUGCCUCCAUUCUUGCCCGAGGUAGUGUGGCAGUCUGUGGAUACCGCCAAGUACGCUGAGGCUCAGGGCUCCCGUCAAGUGUCACAGGCAUCUGUGGGCUCCCAGCUGUCCACCAUUAGACAUCCCCCAACUGAGACUUCUGAGUGGACUGUUUCGCCUCAGCAGAAACAGAUGUUCGACUCGAUGUUCGACAACUUGGACAAACAAAAAACAGGUAAAUUGACUCCUGACCAGGUCGCCAACUUCCUCAUGACCUCGAGGUUGGGCCAGCAAGAUCUUGCGACUAUUUGGGACUUGUCCGAUAUUCAGAAUACUGGUGUGUUCACCAACCUCGAGUUCUCUAUCGCUUUGUUCUUGGUGAACCGCAAGAGAUCGGGCCUUUCGUUGCCUAAUGUGGUCCCUGAUGCUUUAAUCAAGUCUUUGUCAAAUUUGCAGCAACAGGCUCCACCUCAACAAGCUCAAGCCCAACCCCAGGCUGAACCAGUCGCAACUAAUCCAUACUCCUACGACCAGGGUAACGCCCCUGUCACUCCAGCAAAGGCUAAGACCUCUAUGGACGAGCUUGCUGAUGUUUUUGGCUCGCCAUCUCCUGUUCCCCAACCAGCAAAGCCAGCUUUGGAGCAGCGCAAUAGCUCAAGUGACUUGACUGGCUCUGAAUUGCCCAAGGUCCGCAAGCAGUUGACUUCAUCUUUCAAGCCAACAUCUACAUUUGGCCAAACCCUUCUUUCUCUGCAGCAGCCUCAGCAAAAGCUGGCGCCUGAGCCCCCAAGUUUAAUCGGGGACGAUGUCCCACUGCCAGCUAGUCCUGCUCCAACUCCUAAGGAAGCUCCCGCUCCGGUCGCCUCUCCCACGAAGGAAACUCAGAAGUCCGUUGAUUACGAGGCUUUGAGAUCUGUUCCUCCACCACCAGCAAAGAGAGGAACAGAGCCUGCCGGUCAGGAGUCCAACUUUUUCUCAACAGAGCAGCGUGUCGCAAGUCCGGCUCCACAACAGUCCGCUUCUCAGCAGCCAACUUCUCGCUCUGUUCAGCCUGAUAACAACGAUCUUUUGGCUGAUUCUGAAAUUUCUGGUCAGUUGUCCCAGGCUAACACCGAUAUUGCCAAUAUCUCCAAUCAAGUCAGAUCUUUGACAACGCAAACCUCGAACUUGCAUGAGAAAAAGACCAGGGCUGACCAGGAGUUGACCCGUAUCUUGGCUGUGAAGCUGGAGAUCGACAACAAGUUGAAGACUUUGAGAGCUUCUUACGCGAAUGAGGUCAAGCAGGUUGAGCAAGUUGAGACAACCUUGCAAACCGCCAGAGAAGAAACUGAGGCUUUGAGAUCUGAGGCAUCUAUCUCCGAGGCCAAGCUUAAUAACGUUUCUGGUGAGUUGCAUGAAAAGCAAGUGGCUGUCGAGGAAUUGCAAAAGACCAACAGCUCAUUGAGAGAGAAGUUGGGCAGCUUAAAUGCUGAGAUUGUCGAGCUCGAGAAGUCUUUGGAGUCGAAGAAGACUGAGAACACAAAACUUAACAACGAUGUUAACGUGAAGAAAUCUCAAGUUCAGGUCUCAUUGGUCAAGAUUGACGAGAUUAAGAACAAGAUCUCGGAAUACGAGGCAAGCACCCGUCGUUUGCAAGAGGAACAUGCAAGCCUUGAAAAGCAGGAUAAUGAUGCUCAACAGCAAGCAAAGAGCUUGCAAGCUCAGCACGAUGAUAUCAGCAAACAUGGUGUCUCUCAGUCUCCAGGUUCUAACUUUGGUCUUGGUGCUGCCGUUACAGCUGCAGCUGGUGCUGCCAUUGGUGCCGGUGUUGCUGGUGCUCACGCAUUGAGUGGUGACAGCUCCAAGGAGAAUGAAGAAACAUCUAGAGAAGCCCAGACUCCAGCACCAGCUCAGACCUCGGACACGCACCAGUUCUCUCCUGCCCAGGUCAUUCCAGGCUCCUUGGACCAUUUCAACGACAACUCUCAAGAUACCAAUGUUGAGGCUACCAAGCAAACUGAGGUGAUGCCGGGUAGCGAAGAGCCAUCAGUUGAUGCUUUAGUUGACGAGGUCAAGGAUGUCCCAACCGAAGAUAUGACAGGUGUGGAUGAUUUCAACGCCGCUCAACAUGAGGAUGUCAAUGAGAAGCAACUCGACUCUGCGGACACAAAGUACCCUAACAUGGAAGACAUCAAGGAUAAGUUCCCUGAAGUCCCAUACGACAACAGCACCAACCGCACGGCUCCAUCUUCUGUGGCUACAGACUACUACAAGAGAACGGACGAUAGUGAAAGAAGCGAAACACCAGUUACAUCCCCUAAUAGCUCAGACUACCAGUUCCAGCAAGGCAACUCUGCAGGUGUUGUUGGCAGUAUGGUUGGCAUGCCCAAUGUUCUCGUGGGCGUCCAGCGCACGGACUCCUUGACAUCCAGUAUUCAGAACAACCCUUCGAUGUCUGUUCGUGACGACAACAUCGAGGAUGUCAGUGAGCGUGAGACCUUGAGUGGCGAGGUUCCCGUUUCUCCUCCAACUUCCAACCAAGCACCUAGAUCCCAGAAGGAGCACGAGGGGCAGGAAUCCAGUGAAGGAGAGCGCAUUUCAUCUGGUGUCGAGCUGUUUGAGUUGGUGAACGCAGAUGAAGCUAGGGGUUUAGAGCAUCAGAGCCCCGAGGGUCCAAGUCAUCCACUUGCCCAAAGCCAUGUACAGCCUACAGACAGCCAGGAUAAUGUCCGCAACGAUGACGAUGAGUUCCCUCCAAUUCGUGAGCUUGAAAUUGAUGAGAGCUCUUCGGACGACGAGCCAGAGGAUAAGUUUGACGAUGCUGUGGACCACUUGAACGCCAAUGCUGGUGCCAACCAGUCAGCUACCAAGGAUGAGUUUGACGAGUUUGAGGAAGAUCUCAAGCCUGCCGCUCAGGAAAGCGGCCAAGCAGCCGAUGGUUUCGACGAUGAGUUCAAUGACUUGCAGGCCGCUUCGGCUGACCAAGGUGAGGACUUCGACGGUGGAGAAGGCGAUUUUACGAUUGAUGAUCACUUUACCGGGGCCGACGAUGUUCCAUCUGGCCAGCCCGACUUUGGAAGUGCAGCUCCAGGUGGUUCCAAGCCAGAGAGCAACGAUGAAUGGGAGCAGCUUUUCGCUGGAUUUGGCAAUGCGGGACCAAGCCAGCCUGCUCCUGGUGCUGGUGGUGCUGCAGCUGCUGCACAGGCCGACCCUUCGAAGGACCUCGCUGUGCAAGAACUUGUAGGUAUGGGCUUUGAACAGGGCGUUGUGAUUGAUGCAUUGAACAAGGAGAAUUGGAAUGUGGAGGCUGCCACCAACUACUUGUUGGACCACGCCUAA